ACUACCCCGAAGUUUGUUGUGACCGGCAGGCGGACGCCGGCGGUGGCACCGGGCCGCGGCACAACCAUGGCGGUGCGACAGGCGCUGGGCUGUGGCCUGCAGUUGGGUCGAGCGCUGCUGCUGCGCUUCACCGGCAAGCCGGGCCGGGCCUACGGCUGGGGGCGGCCGGGCCCGGCGGCGGGCUGGGUCCGCCGGGAGCGUCCGGGCUGGGCCGCGGGACCUGGCGCGGAGUCUCGCAGGGUCGGGCUCAGGCUCCCCGACCGCUUCCACUUCUUCCGCCAGUCUGUGGCCGGGCUGGCGGCGCGGCUGCAGCGGCAGUUCGUGGUGCGGGCGCGGGGCGGCGCGGGCCCUUGCGGAAGGGCAGUCUUUCUGGCCUUCGGGCUAGGGGUGGGCCUCAUCGAGGAGAAGCAAGCGGAGAGCCGGCGGGCAGCCUCGGCCUGUCGGGAGAUCCAGGUGAGCUGGACCAGGUCCUAA